CACUCGUGUUUUUUUUUCAGUGGAUGUCAUGAAAAAUGAAAACAAGAGAAUUGUAGAGUGCGAUAUCGGCUUUGAUUACAGUGAGGGGAGUGGGAAAGGUCCUGAAGAUUGGGGUAAGCUUUACCCCGAGUGGGCAUCAUGUAGUUACGGCCGCACCCAAUCUCCCAUCGACUUAGCAACCCAAAUGCCAAUCCCUGUAUAUGGCUCUCUUGGUUUACAGUACUACAAGCCCUAUCCUGCCGUCUUACAGAAUAAAUGCCAUGAUAUUGCGAUUGCAUGGAAUGGGCCUACAUGGGAUGGACGUGCAGGAGGGAUUUUACUUGAUAAUAAGUGCUACCAGCUGAGUGGAUGUCAUUGGCACUCACCUUCAGAGCAUACCUUUGAUGGCCAUAGGUCUCCACUUGAACUCCACAUGGUUCACAAGAGUUCUGACAACCAAAGGAUUGUAGUGGUUGGAGUCACAUACGAGAUUGGCGAGCCUGACAUUGUACUUGAAAGGUUGAUGGAGUACAUAAAGUCCUUGGGCUUAGACAAGUGCGUGGGUGUAGGCGAACUGAAUCCAAGAGAUGUAUUAUUUGGCCAGUUUCUUGAAUACCGGCCUGCAUAUUACAGAUACAAUGGCUCCUUAACUACUCCCCCAUGCACUGAAAAUGUCGACUGGAUCGUACUUAAAAAGAAGAAAUCUGUUUCAUGGCAACAACUGGUAGCACUGAGAGAAGCAGUUGGUUGUGGCUAUCAGUCAAAUGCAAGGCCCACGCAACCCAUAAAUGAUAGACCGGUGUGGUUUUAUGGUCCAUUUAGGAGUGCCAUCUCUUAUUGAACUCUCCCUCUAUCACUCUUAUCUCAACCCAUGAGUAAUAGAGUAGUUGUCAAUGCUAUAUCUUAUAAACAAAAUAAAUCUCUCUGAUGAUAAUGUCUAUGUGAUUUUGUGCCUUUCCCACUACAUAUUAGUCCAUCAAUUUGUCUGCCCCCUGUAGUAUUUGGCACUGUGGUAUAUUAGGGAAGUAUAGAUAGCUUGUACUUAUCCACAUAUAUAAUAACUGGGGUUGUUUUAUGUAUAA